UCUCUCUCUCCCUCCUUCAACCCUAGCUUUCGCUAUUUUCCUACUCCCGUCACUCUUCCUCCACCAAAUUCUCCAUAACCACAGCUACGCCAUGGCUUCCCGGAGGCUCUUAGCCUCGUUUCUCCGCUACUCAUCCCGUUCUCCAUUCUCCAGAUCCCCAUUUUCCGCUCCCAAACCCAGGACCCCUUCUGUUUCUCGCCCUUCCCCCUUCGGUCACUUUCUGCACCGCGCCGCUCAAUAUUCCAACUCACCCGCCGCCUCCUCUAAUCCUCCACCUAAAAAAUCUGACGAGCCCAGUGGUAAAAUUACGGAUGAGUUCACUGGAAAAGGCGCGAUCGGGAAGGUUUGCCAGGUGAUCGGUGCCGUGGUUGAUGUGAGGUUCGACGAGGGAUUGCCGCCUAUUUUAACGGCGUUGGAGGUUUUGGAUAAUCAGAUCAGGGUGGUUCUUGAGGUCGCACAGCAUUUGGGUGAGAAUGUUGUAAGGUGUAUUGCUAUGGAUGGUACUGAAGGGCUUGUUCGUGGCCAGAGAGUGCUCAACACCGGCUCCCCCAUCACCGUUCCUGUUGGUAGACCAACACUUGGUCGUAUCAUGAAUGUCAUUGGAGAGCCUAUUGACGAGAAAGGAGAUAUCAAAACGGAUCACUAUUUGCCAAUUCAUCGUGAAGCUCCUGCUUUUGUCGAGCAAGCAACUGAACAACAAAUUUUGGUUACUGGAAUCAAGGUUGUUGACCUCCUUGCUCCAUAUCAAAGGGGAGGAAAGAUUGGGUUGUUUGGUGGUGCUGGUGUAGGAAAAACGGUGCUCAUUAUGGAACUUAUUAACAAUGUCGCCAAAGCCCAUGGUGGUUUCUCUGUCUUUGCUGGUGUUGGUGAACGCACUCGGGAGGGUAACGAUUUGUACAGGGAAAUGAUUGAAAGCGGUGUCAUUAAGCUUGGUGAAAAGCAGGCUGAUAGCAAAUGUGCUCUUGUAUAUGGCCAAAUGAAUGAGCCCCCUGGUGCUCGUGCUCGUGUUGGGCUUACUGGGUUGACUGUGGCUGAGCACUUCCGAGAUGCUGAAGGGCAAGAUGUGCUUCUCUUCAUUGAUAACAUUUUCCGGUUUACUCAGGCCAACUCAGAAGUGUCAGCUUUGCUUGGGCGUAUCCCUUCUGCCGUAGGUUAUCAACCGACUUUGGCUACAGAUCUUGGGGGCCUUCAAGAACGUAUUACUACGACUAAGAAAGGUUCUAUUACGUCUGUCCAAGCCAUUUAUGUUCCUGCUGAUGACUUGACAGAUCCUGCUCCGGCUACAACUUUUGCUCACUUGGAUGCCACUACUGUGUUAUCACGACAGAUUUCUGAGCUUGGUAUCUAUCCCGCUGUUGAUCCACUUGAUUCGACAUCCCGUAUGCUCUCACCUCACAUUUUGGGAGAGGACCACUACAAUACAGCCCGUGGUGUUCAGAAAGUUCUUCAAAACUACAAGAAUCUUCAAGAUAUUAUUGCCAUUCUUGGAAUGGAUGAGCUCAGUGAAGAUGACAAAUUGACCGUUGCGCGUGCUCGUAAAAUUCAACGAUUCUUGAGCCAGCCUUUCCAUGUUGCAGAGGUUUUCACAGGUGCCCCUGGCAAGUACGUUGAGUUGAAGGAGAGCAUUGAUAGUUUCCAGGGAGUCUUGGAUGGAAAAUACGAUGACCUUCCAGAACAGUCAUUUUACAUGAUUGGAGGAAUUGAAGAGGUCAUUGCCAAGGCAGAGAAGAUUGCAAAGGAAUCUGCUACCUAGAUGGAUCAAAAUUGCAUGACUUGUCUCUCUACUGAUAAUUGCGAAAACAAGUUCGACUGUGGCUAUGCCAACAUCUGGAUUUCAAUUUUUCUGGAGACCAUAAAUUCCCAUUUUUAUCCUGUUUUAUCAAGCGCGGAUUGUGAUAGAUGUGGACCCAAUAGCCUCCUUGCCAAGCCCUCCCAUUUUUUUAUCUUGUCACAUAAUAAGGGGGGACAAGAUUGCAGAUUGUAUAUUUAUCCUCGAUUCUUUUGGAUGCCUUAAUUAUAAUGUGUUGUUUACCCUC